UACUCAUAACUAUGGACACAUCAUUGCAAACAUCUAACUCUCCAUGAACAUCAUAAGGGGGUGUUAGAUUUUGUCUAAAGUACAUAUACCAUGAAAAUCACCUAAUUUGAAUGGAUUACUAGGAAAUCCUCAAUUUCCUCAAAGUACCCUGAACGGAUCCAUGGAUGAUUUUGCUAAGAGUUUGUGUGGAUGGAGUUGGGAGGAGAACAAGUUGUUUGAGCUAGCUUUGGCAGCGGUGGAUGAGCAACACCCUGAACGGUGGGAAGUGGUUGCAGCCAUGGUUGGAGGAGAAAAAAGUGCUGGAGAUGUUCAAGAACAUUAUGUGAUCCUUCUGGAGGAUUUACUCGUUAUAGAAUCUGGAAAAUUGGACAAUACACUUGGAGAAGUUAUGCCUGUUGUCCUUGUUGAGUGUAAGGAGUCCAUGUGCUUGUCCCAUGAUGAUACAAGCUCGUAACUCCCUUUUAUUUGGUGGAACAUAAUAUUUUUAGAAUGGAAGCAAGAAAUAUCAAUUAUGAACUUGCUUGGUCUCAAGUUUCUGUUUAUCAAGCUGUUUGCUGUAAUAUGUUGAUUCCAGCUUGGUCAUUCAAUUGGAAAUAAUAUGGUGUGGUUACAGAAGUCAUCGGUGGAGCAACUUGGCUCAUGAUAAUUCGUUUGUGCUUCUCUUUUCUCUCUUUGUUCUUUUUCUGUUUGGUUGAGUAGAAGUUGCUCACCAACACCUUGCGCUUUUCUGUAGGGGUGCACUUGAUUUUUUGUUCGAAUUUCUAGAGUUUAACUAUUCAGAUUUCGUUUUGUAGCUGCUGUAUUUGGUUCAUUAUUUUUAUGGGGAAACCAGGUUGAUUCUUGGUGAUC